ACCGAUUGGCUGUUUCAAUCUUCAGUCAUUUGUGAUUAGCUUUUCAUCAGCUGUUGACUUUUUUUCUUACAAUUUUUAAUUGUUGUUUCUUGUUAUUUGAUACAACUUUUCUAUUAUAAACUAUUUUGUUUCAAGUUUCGUUUACAGUUAAACGUUAACUAUGAAACAAUUAGGCUCUUCUCGUUAUCCUGCCUCUUGGGAAGCUGCAAAAGGUAAAAAACGUGCUGGUGAAACAUUGGGAAUGCCGGCGAGAAGUAGUAAAGUUAGAAAGUUACUCCGAGAGCGAGAAAAAAAAGCUUAUCGUGCCUUGUUGAAAACGGUCACAAACUGGACUGAUGACGAUAGAGAAAGCGAUCCAAAUGUGGAAAAUGUGAAAGGACUACCUGGCCUGUUACUCGGUGAUACCAGUUGUGUUAGUGAGAUUAAACAUUUGGACAAUUCACAGUUGAAUAAUACACCGAAUAAUUUGAUCAAUGAUUCAAGUUCAUCUAUUAAACAUCCGCAAGAAUCUACUCCAGCUUCAUCGAAAAAUUUUGCUUCUAUCAAGAAAAUUUUCUCCUAUGAUUUAGUAAUUCCUAGUAAAGUUCAACCUGCUGUUGUCUGUGAAACUGAAGUAAAAAAAGCUGAACCAGUUAAAAAUGAGCCAGAGUUUAAGUUACCCAGUUUACCAAAGAGCUAUGAAAAUUUUAAACUUGAAAAAGCGGAGAAGAAGAAACUAUUUAGCCGUGAAUGGAUUAACGAUAUGCGUAGAGCGAUUCAGGAUGGUCAUCUUGAAGCAGAGAAGAUUCGCCGAGAAAAGGAAGAUUAUUUAAGGAUAAUUGGUAAAAAAAGAGAAAGUUUUAUGCGUAAAUUUCGUCGAGAGACAAGUAAAUCUUUGUGCCAUGAAGCCGAUUUCUCAUAUAUACCAUAUUUUUAUCGAUUCUUCUCGGAUGAAAAAGAAGAAACCGAAGAGGAAGAAGAAACCGAAGAAGAAUAUGAAGAAGAAGAGGAGGAAGAAGAGGAAGAAGAAGAAGAAGAGGAAGACGAAUUACCUGAAGAGGCCUUACAAGUAAUCGAGGAUUGUCUCGCUAGAAGCAAAGAAGAACUAGUUGUCGAAGAAAAUGGAGUUGAAGUUCGCGUUAAAGAUUUGGAAACUCUUAAAGGAACAUGUUGGCUUAACGAUGAAGUUAUCAACUUUUACUUCCAGUUAAUUCAAAAAAGAAGUGCCAAUAUUGGAGAAACCGAUGGAAAUUUAAAAGUCUAUUGUUUCAACACUUUCUUUUAUAAACGUUUAACUGAAGGAGGUCAUAAAGCUUUGAAACGAUGGACAAAAAAGGUGGAUCUAUUUUCUUAUGACCUAAUUCUAAUACCCGUUCAUUUAUCUGUUCAUUGGACCCUUGCAGCUAUUUCAAUACGAGACUCGACAAUCAAAUAUUAUGAUUCAAUGUCGGGUAAUAAUCGUGAAUGUUUAUCUCGAUUACUUCAAUAUUUAGAAGACGAAAUGAAAGAUAAAAAACAAUUCCUACUCGAUACCUCGACAUGGGAAUGUCUUAUCGUCAAAGAUAUUCCACAACAAGAAAAUGGUUCUGAUUGUGGCGUAUUUACCUGUAAAUAUGCUGAACGCUUAGCAUUGGAUAAACCUUUCAACUUUAGUCAGAGAAACAUUCCAUUCAUACGACAGAAAAUGAUUUAUGAGAUUUCACAGAAAGAACUUCUCAUGGAUAAAUCACAAGAAUCAAGACCAUUAAAGGAUGUAUAAUCACAAUCACCUAGUUAAUUGUUCAAAUUACCAAUUCUAUUUGAUCUCAAUCCACCUAAAAAUGAUCCACAUGAAAAAAGAAAAUUGAUCCAUUUAAUGUUACCCCUAAAUCCACGUAUACAUGAAAAAAAACAACAACACUCACACAACCUUUAAAAGAGAAACAAUCAAACGUUAAAGAUUUAACUCAAUUACAAUUUGUCAGAAAAAUUGAGACAAAAAGAGUUGACAUGACAAUCAUCCUGUUCACAAUUUAUUUUUUACCAACUAAAUAAUUUAAAAUUCCCAAUCAAAUACAAUAACGAGUUAUACUUUUUAUUACUAAUUAUUGAUUCUUAUCAAUGAUUGAAAAUAUUGAUUCUCUUUCAUUAAUAAAGAAGCAAUGGAAAAAUCAAAUGAUACUAAUUAAA